CAUCACUUCCGGUGAGUCCCGGAAAUGGGUCACUGGAAAUCGAACUGACGGCUUGCUUUACCGCCGUACGAACGGGAGAAUGGAUGCGUUAAAUAAACUGAAACAAUUUGACGCUUAUCCAAAGACUCUGGAGGACUUUAGGAUUAAAACAUGUGGUGGUGCGACGGUGACCAUCAUCAGUGCACUUAUAAUGCUGAUUCUGUUCUUCUCCGAGCUCCAGUAUUAUCUAACUAAAGAGAUCCAUCCUGAACUAUUUGUAGACACAUCUAGAGGAGACAAGCUCAGAAUCAAUAUUGAUGUUAUAUUUCCACAUAUGCCAUGUGCCUAUCUGAGUAUUGAUGCCAUGGAUGUCGCGGGAGAACAGCAGUUAGAUGUGGAGCACAAUCUUUUUAAACAAAGACUCGACAAAGACGGUCUGCCGGUCACAACAGAGGCUGAAAAACAUGUGUUGGGUAAUGAGGAGGAAGGAGUUUUUGAUGCCAGUAAGCUUGAUCCUGAACGCUGUGAGAGCUGUUAUGGAGCCGAGACGGAGGAUUUAAAGUGUUGUAAUACGUGUGAUGAUGUUCGAGAGGCGUACCGGCGACGCGGCUGGGCCUUUAAGACCCCUGACAGCAUUGAGCAAUGUAAGAGAGAGGGCUUUAGCCAGAAGAUGCAGGAACAGAAAAACGAGGGAUGUCAAGUCUAUGGAUUUUUAGAAGUUAAUAAGGUGGCAGGAAAUUUUCAUUUUGCCCCCGGAAAGAGCUUUCAGCAGUCUCAUGUACACGUGCAUGCUGUGGAAAUUCACGAUCUGCAGAGUUUUGGUCUGGACAACAUCAACAUGACACACCAAAUCAAACAUCUUUCAUUCGGCAAAGACUAUCCUGGAAUUGUCAACCCUUUAGAUGGUACUAACGUAGCAGCACCCCAAGCUUCAAUGAUGUACCAGUAUUUCGUCAAAAUUGUGCCAACAAUAUAUGUUAAAGGAGACGGAGAGGUGGUUAAGACGAACCAAUUUUCAGUAACCAGACAUGAAAAAGUAGCCAAUGGGCUCAUUGGAGAUCAGGGUUUACCUGGUGUGUUUGUGCUUUAUGAGCUCUCUCCAAUGAUGGUCAAAUUUACAGAAAAGCAGAGGUCUUUUACACAUUUUUUAACAGGAGUCUGUGCUAUUGUAGGUGGCGUUUUCACAGUUGCCGGUCUCAUUGAUUCUUUGAUAUACCACUCCGCAAGAGCCAUUCAGAAGAAGAUUGAACUGGGAAAAGCAUCCUAGCACCACGAGGACAUUUAAUGUGCCUAAUAUUCUGGAAGAUGCCACAAUAAAAGCCCCGGACUGUUUUCACUUGUGGCCGCCGAGCAGUAUCUGACAUGACCCCCCCUUUCAUUGAACAAGCACAGGAUCUGCACCAGGACAUGUGCCUGUCAACUGUAUUUCUAAAGAUCUGAAGUAUUUACUGACUUGUUUGUAUGUGAGAUACGUUAAUGUAUCGGUUGUUUAGCUCUGAAAGUCGUCUUUUCCCCCCGAAUUGAUUUAAAAAUUGAGACGAUUACACAAAUCGUCUGAUCAGGAGCCAGUGUUUUCUUUCCUGUGUCUUAAACCAACCAGCAGUUUUAUAAAAGUCGUUUUAUUAAUUUGAACGAAGUGAACGGAAUAUGGAAAUACUUUUUUAAAACUGGAGAAAUUCAUCUGAUCUUAACCGGAUACUUUUCAAUUGUCAAGCACACGUACGGAGAAACACAGACUGCAGUCUGUACAGAUGUCUUUAUUAGUUGUUAUAGUAAUUGCAUCUAUAACUACAUUCAGGGGCUGUACUGCGUGUGUUUGUGAGUUUAGGUAUGUAUGCAGGUGGCUGGGUAACUUGUGCGUUUGAUUUUGUUGUGUUGUCGAAGACUUAUCUUGUGUAUGGGACAGAUGUAUUUAUAUUUUGAUUGUGUGAGAGCGUUUUUAAAUUGAGAAAUAAAUGUAACACUGAACCCUA